GGCCUUAUCGAGCGCCGUCGCAGCACGCCAUGCUACGCAUUCAAUCAAAAACUUGUAUUACGGGCAUCCUGCCGCCGGAGUUGGUCGAGCGGUGCCUCGAGUUCUUGCCAUUCGAGGAGGUUCACACCAAUGUAAAACAAGUCUCAAAAGUGUUGCGAUCGGCGGCGCGCCGAAGCCUGACGCGCGGGCGCUGGCGGCCAAUUAAGUACGUCCUCGAGAACGCCAUAGUCACGAAUGCGCUGGAACGGCCGUCAUCCGCCGCGGAGACCGCGCAGUUCCGGGAGGCGUGGGCGUUAGACCCCGGACAGGUGUUGUUGGAGCUCGUCGUGCUGUGGAACAAUAAAAGGGAGAGUCACGCGGAGGGCCCUAACGGGAUCGCUUCGGCCACUUUCUGGAUUUGGGACCGUGGUGCGUGGGACCGUGGUGGCGUGGGCGCGGUGUUCAGGCCAAGCGUGGCGCGUUUCCUGGCACUCGUCGAGCCGUCUAUAGACGGUCUCGGACGUCUCACGAUGGCCCUCGAACGCGUCGAACGCUACCUCGUAAAAAAGGGACCAGGGCGCUUUGAGACAGUGAUGCCCAUUAAAUUCUUGAGUUUAUGGACGGAACGACUGGGAGAAUCCGCGCUCGUUACUAGGUGGCUCCCAGGGUACGCAGGGAAUGAGAACCUCAUGAUGAACCUCGACGAGCUCUUGAAUCCCGAGUCGCUUGUGGGCUCGGGACUGGAAUCCUGGGCGGAACCGAGCGAUAUGAUGAGUUUCAUAAUUUGGCUCAGCCCUGAGGUCCGGAGCUGGCACCUCGGUGAAGUUCACAGGUUGAACGACAUAGCGCGAGCCUUGUCGAGGAAUUGGCAAGACCGGCAGAAAGCAGACGCGUUCGUUGCUGACGUUGAGAGCAAAGUCCAGCAAGGCCACACUGCCAGUGGUUUAUUACAUCAUUUGGCGACUACUGUGUUUGCCCACCGCUAGACCCACCGCCUAAGGCCU